AUGGGUAUCUUCGCGGAGGGCCCCGGACUGACGCAGUUGGGUCAGAAUCUUCCGGCUCGCCUUAUCAUCACCGUCAACUAUGAGUUGAAGUAUUGCUACGAUCUUCCAGUACCACCUGUCCUCGGGCGAAAGGCUGAAAUAUUGUCACGAGAGGAUCUCAUCAGCAAACAACUGGGGAGCGUAUUGAAGACUCAGGGAGAGCAGAAGGAGAUUCUACUUUACCUCCAAGCGUCCGCAAAAUUAAUUGAAGGAGGCAAGGUAGAUUGCCUAUCUUCUGCUCCAAUUGUUGAAUUGCAUACAGAAUUUCAAGCAAAGGACUUUACCUUCUCAUUUGAGUCCCAUGAUGGCCUCUUAAAACGCGGCACUGUCAACAGCGCUAGUCAAACUGUCUGCUACAAAAUUGAGUUGACCAGGUCGAUGCCAGAAUUUUUGAAGAUAUAUAAGAACAUUCAAGCAGGAGCAUACGUGCAACGGCUGUUUGGAACCGUCAAACUCGGCGAGAACUACUAUGUUGUGAUGCAAGAUCUAGAGGACGGCAAGACACUCGCGUCAGCAUGCAGAGAUAAUGGUUUACCAGAUACCCCAUUAGCUCGCGUAUCAUUGGCAUAUGAUAUCGCAAAGACGAUGGCUUGGUACCACAAUGCUCAGCUGCUACUGAAAUCCGUUUCCGAUCAUACGAUCGUUCUCCAAGAACUCUCAUCUGGGAGGUUAGCUCCGUUCCUCACGAAGUUGCAAAAUGCAAGGCACAUUCUUGAACAGACCACUGGUUUGAAGUACGAUGUCCGGUACGAAGCUCCGGAGUACGAUAGACUUCGAGAACAUUCUAAAUAUACGGACAUUUGGAGUGCCUUACAGGUCUGGUUCCAUACAACAUUUCGACCGAGGUCGGGGCAGAAGAUGAGAAUUACGCCAAAUUGCGCGAGAGCUAACCUCCCGGGAGACGUGAACGCAAGCGGCCUCUCUAACCUUGGAAGCGCUCGGGACUUGAUAGAGCAAUGCUGGAGCAGAAAUCCAUUGCUCAGACCAACUGCAGCUUCUGCUGCUGAUAUCCUACUUGACCUACGCGUUCAGCUAUCCCUAAGAGGUGCUGCAGAGGCUGAACAGGCUUCGAAACCGAAGGGCGAGGCCACAGUCGAGGAAUACAAGCCCAUUCAGUUCAAUAAUACGUGUAAAGCCGAAGCGAAGAAAGCCGAUAACGAUGAUGCCGACAAUUUAGACCACCGAAAGAUUGAAGAGGCUAUAAAUGCGGCUCUUGCCGUAGUAGUUCAUGCAAGGAAGCUUAACGAGAAGAAACAGGCGUUUCAACAGUCAGAAGAGCAUCUUUCUAAAGACCAAUUUCGGUUGUUAUCCGACAAAGGCGGAGACCGCAGCCCAGUUGAAAAUUUCUUGAUUGGAGCGGUCAUUUUCUGGAACGUCUGCGAUGUUGUUCAGGAAGAAAUCGAAUCUGCCAGGAUAGUAGGCUUGGCCCUCUCAGCCGAAGGAAUGCGCGCGCACACCUCAAUUACGUAUCUUCAGUCCGCAGCGGAGACAGGGUACACAGAGGCGUAUCUGGAACUCUUCAAAGCUCACGCUACUUUGGCUCGUGAAUUUCGCUCCAAAAGCUUUUGA